CGUGUGUGCUGGACUUUAUAUUUUUUUAAUUAUUUUUUUUAAAAGUGUGUAAUAUGUUGCGUCAGUGCAUUACGUUGGCAGUACUGGGGUGCGCGGUGGCGGCGCCACAGCAUCAAUACCAAACUCAACAGCAACAGGAUGAAGGUAUCCCGCCUCACCUACUGAGAGAGUACAUCGGCGCACAGCAGCCGGCGCCAGCGCAAACUCAGAUCAUCCCGCGACCCGCUCACCUCGGUGGUGCGCAAGUUCCUGCCAGACUUCCAUACCAAGUACAAGCUGAGAACCAAUACCAACCCCGGCCACAAUACCAACCGCAGCCGCAACCGCAGCCGCAGCCGCAGCAGUACCGCCAGCAGUACGCGCAAGAAGGACCCCAACGUACCCCUGAGGACUAUGACCCUCAUCCUUCUUACCAAUUCGGCUUUGACGUGAACGACGACCAAUACACUAACUACCAGAACCGCAAGGAGCAGAGAGACGGUGACGUCAUCAAGGGUUCCUACUCUGUGGUCGAUAGUGAUGGCUUCGUACGGACUGUUACCUACACUGCUGACCCUAAGGAGGGCUUCAAGGCUGAGGUCUCAAGAAAGCCGACCGACAUCGUAGUUAAGAUCCCGACACCCAGGCCUCAGGGUCUAGAGCAGCUCAGUCACCAGCAGCCGCAAAUCCAACACCAACCGCAACCUCAGCACCAACAUCAACCUCAGCAACACCAGCCUCAACACCAGGUCGCUCCUCAAUACUACCCCCGUUACGAACAAUAGAGGAUUGAAAAAUGUAUAAUAAUAAUGUCUGAACUUUGAGAUCGGCUUGUAAGUAAAAUUUAAACGGUUUUAAUCAAAGAUUAGCAAAACCCAGAGGGGUAGGACCACAGAUUUGGUAGAAUUAGUUUAUUUAAAUAAACAAGACAAGUUAUCAAUUAUUUCAUUAUUAACGUUUUCUUUCUUAGAUAGAUAUGGUUUUAAGAGAUUUUUCAAGCAGAAUCAAAAGAUGUUUAAUUAAUAAAAAUAUAAAACUACAUUAAAAUAAAUUAAAAAAAAAGAAUUAUCAAAAUCAGUCCAUUAGCGGCGGGGUUAUGCCGUAACACACAUUAAAAAAAAAUUAAAAAGACAUAUAGACGAAUUGAGUAUCUCGUUCUUUUGGAAAUACGAUCAAAAAGUUAACAAUAAAUAUUUUCAUAUCAAUUUUUUAAUCGUCAGUUACAAUUUCUUUUGUGCCAUGAUUAGACGAAAUAUAAGUACUUAAAUUGUAUAGCGAACUAUUUUUUUUUUAAUACACUAUGUCAAAAGUCACAUCACUACAAAUAACUCGAUAAAAGUAAAUAUCACUGUAUUUAUGUAUUACUUCUGUUGUUUUAUAAUUCAAAAAACGAAUCUCCUAUUACUUUUAAGUGUAUUACGAAACGUGAUCAGAGACAUUAUUAUUAUUACAUAGCAUAUAAGUAGAUUAUAAUAAAAUUCCUAGAAUAUACUAGAACAUAAACAAUUGAGUCAUGCAAAAGAACAUAAAUAAAUUUUAUUUUGUAAGUUUACGACCUAUUAAUAUUUAGUCAAACUGUAAAUAUGAAUUUUGUAUUAAAAUUUGUAUUG